AUGUUGUUCUGCACUUCCCUGCGGAAGAGAAGUGAGUGGGCCGCUGUUCCAGCAAAGCUCCUUGCUGAGCAACAAGUAAGAUGGCAAGAACAGUCACUGGAAACCCACGACUUGGCAAUACAGGUCCCUCGCCACAACCGCGACCACCGAGAAUUAUUUCGCCUUCUCCUUCUCUCCGCCUCAGAUGUUGAACACACUGGAACAGCAAUGGCACGUAUCGAGAGGCUUUAUCACCUGACAGGUGGGCGCCAGGUUGGCAUCAUCUUUCUGCUACAAGAGAAGUCUCCCAACGGCAGUGGAACAAUCCCGUACAUGAAUCUCCAGUGCAGCCUUCUUUCUGCCUUCGACAUGCCCACUAUUCCGUUAUUCUCCACCCGCUCUAUACUAGACACGCUCUUCAAAUUUCAGCGACAACUCGUUUCAACAAGAGAGGAGAUAUAUAUGCCACGAGCAAGGCCUGAGAUGACCUUACUGCCAUACUGUUUCCUCACGCCACCAAUGCCGGAACACCCUAAGAAUCUCCUGAGCGAUGUUGUUCACACCAUGGGGGAACUGGCUGGGGCUGCUACCACCCUAGAUGGCCAGAAAUGCAUUAGGAGCUUGGUAUCAGAGCCGGGCUCGACUGUGGCUGAAGAUAUCAUAAAAUUCUGGGAGCAGGAAUACUUGGUAUAA